AAUAUAGAGAAUGGAACUUCAUAAGAUGCGACGUACUUGUAAUUCUUGUUAUAAAAAAAGUUACCAGUUUCUCGAUUCAUCAUUUAUAGUUAGUAUCUAUCGAACAGUGUUAGUACUGUUAUAGAAAUCGUUGCGUCGUCAUCAGUUAGUUUUAUUAUCAUUGGUUUACAUUGUAAAUAUUUUUUUUGUUUGUAUGACGUGAAAAGAAAAAGUUUAGAAAAAGAAGGAGUAGAAAGAGCAACUAAAGGGAAAUUAAAGGGAAAUUAAAGAGAAUUGAAGGGAAUAAUUGUCUAACCGAAGAAAAUCGAGAGAGACUGACUCUUUCUUUCUUUUCCUCUCUUAAUAUUGUACGUAUGAAUUUUGUGAAAAUUUGAUAUUAUUUUAUUUAUUGUGAAAAAGGGUGAGUCGUCGAAAAUUAAAAGGAACACGGAAGAAAAAACGAAUAGAAAAGGAAGACAUAAAAGAAAAAAAAACAAAAAAAAAAACAGAAGAAAAUGUAUCGAAAUAGAAUGACAAAAGUGAACGUAGAUUUAUUACGUGAACGACAAAAAUGUACUUUCGAUUCGAAGGAAUUAACUCUUUGGUUGAAUGGUACUUCUGAGAAAAUAGCUAUACGACAUGAAUUAGAAGAUACUUUUUUAAAUGAUCCCUUGUUGCAAGAUAAAAUUCCUGCAGAGUAUAAAAGUCAUAAGGAAACUUAUGAAGAUGCUGUUAGAAAAGGAUGCAUCGUUUUGAAUAAGUUACAAUAUCUACAAAGUAUAGGAAAGUCCGAUAUGCAUACUUAUAUACAAAUUUUAGGUGGAAUGUUAGGAUCGGCGAUAUUAAAAGAUGGAAAUCCAUUAACUUUACAUUUUGUAAUGUUCAUACCAGCAUUAUUGGGUCAAGCUACACCCGAACAACAAUCGAUUUGGUUAUCGAAGGCUUGGUCUUGCAGUAUUAUAGGAACUUAUGCUCAAACAGAGCUAGGCCAUGGAACAUUUAUCAGAGGCUUGGAAACUACUGCGACUUAUGACCCUGAAACAAAAGAAUUCAUAUUAAACAGUCCAACUUUAACAUCAUACAAAUGGUGGCCCGGUGGUUUGGGUCAAACUGCGAAUUACGCCGUAGUAGUUGCACAAUUGUACUCGCAAGGCGAUUGUAAAGGAAUACAUCCAUUUAUCGUACAACUCAGAGAUAUAGAAACGCAUGAACCUUUACCAGGUAUAAAAAUUGGAGAAAUUGGAACUAAAUUAGGAAUGAAUGCAACUAAUAAUGGUUUCUUAGGUUUUGAGAAUGUUAGAAUACCGAGAGAUCAUAUGUUGAUGAAAAAUUCUCAGAUAUUAGAAGACGGAACUUAUGUGAAAGCAACAAGCGAUAAAUUAACUUAUGGUACAAUGAUGUUUGUUCGAGUGGUAUUGAUACAAGAUAUUGCAAGUUAUAUUUCUAAAGCAGUAACCAUUGCUAUUAGAUACAGUGCAGUAAGGAGACAAAGUCAAAUAAAAUCAGAUGAACCCGAGUCACAAAUUAUCGAUUAUAUGACUCAACAAUACAAACUAUUCCCAAAUCUUGCGAUGUAUUUUGCUAUCAUUACGUCUGCAAAUUGGAUUUGGAAUAUGUAUAAUAAUGUGUCGGCUGAAUUGCAUCAGGGUGAACUUGAAAGACUCCCAGAAUUACAUGCACUUGCAUGUUGCCUGAAAGCAACAGCUUCAUCCGAUGGAGCAAGAGGUAUCGAGGAACUUCGACUUUCUUGUGGUGGUCAUGGAUACAUGGACUCCAGUAAUUUACCUGUUACGUAUGGUUUGGUAACAGCGACAUGUACUUACGAGGGUGAAAAUACAGUAUUACUUCUACAAACCGCAAGAUAUUUAAUGAAAGUUUGGAGACAAGCUGUAAGAGGUAAUCCAUUACCACCUACAGUAGAAUACUUGUCUAAUAUAGCACGUGGAACAAAACAGGAACCUUGGGAUGAUAGUUUAAUGUGUAUCGUUAGAGCUCAUCAGGCAGUUGCUGCAGGAAAAAUUCAUCUGGCUACUCAGAAUAUGGAUAAUAAAAUAAAAAAAGGUCGUUCCCCUGAGGAUGCCUGGAACGAUACUAGUAUCGAAUUAAUGCAGGCAGCUGAAUCACAUUGUCGUGCUUUCAUAGUAAUGAGAUAUGUCACGGCUAUCAAUGAGCUGACUACAGUAUCAAAAGAAUUGCAUAUCGUAUUAAAGCAAUUAUGUACAUUAUAUUGCAUCUAUUGGGUAUUACAACGAAUGGGUGAUUUCUUAAGAUUCUCUAGCUUAAAAAAAGAAAAUAUACCGGGGUUACAAUCACAUUUGGAAGAAAUGCUAACAGCUAUUCGUCCUAAUGCCGUAGGCAUAGUAGAUGGUUUUGAUAUACCCGAUGAAAUUCUUGGAUCAGCAUUAGGAGCUUACGAUGGUAAUGUUUAUCAACGUCUUUACGACGAAGCUAUGAAGAGUCCAUUGAAUCAAGAAAAAGUAAACGAAUCUUUCCACAAAUAUUUGAAACCAUUUCUUAAAAGCAGAUUAUAGCGUAUAUGUUAAAUGUUAAAAAAAAAAAGAAAAAAAAAAAAAAAGGAAGAAGUAUGUUUUUCUUCUUUUCUUAAUCUGUUAAAAAAAAAAAAAAAAAGAAAAAAAAAAGGAAAUUUUUCUAAGAAAAAUUAAUUAAAGUAAAUUAAUCCUUCUUGAUUAACAGAUUAAAAGAUAGAAUGUGAUAAUGGCAAUAUGUAGAUUUUAUAUGCAUUUAUAAUAUUAUUGAAAUUAGAAUGAUUGAAUGAGAUAAAGAGAAGAAAGAGAAAAGAAAAUAAAACAAAAGAAAAUUAGUUACUUCAUGUUAUUUUCUUUUUUUUUUUUAUAUAUAUAUAUAUAUAUACUUACGAUUCUUUCUCUCUUACUUUUUCUUGGAAAGAAUUGUCUUAGAUUUUAUAUGGUGCUAGAAUCAAUGAUACAUUUAAUCUUAUCAUAAGACAAAGAUGAUUAGAUGAUUAUUUUUCUAUGUAUUUUUGGUAAAUCUUUAUCGAGGUGAAACAAUAAAGUAUAACUUUUUCGAAUAAUCCACAAUAUUCCCUUUCAUUAACUCGACGUUCUUAUUAAUUCAACAAAUUCAUUGACAAAUACAUAUAUAUAUAUA